CUUGCAGGAAACAGUGAACAGAGAAAUCAUGAGAAAGAAGAAAAAGAACUUCUUCUUAAAAUGCCUGAUCUGGAUGAGGAUUUUGAGUUUCUAAUUGAAGAUCAAGCAAAAGAACUGACUAAAUUAAGGCAGAAGUUGGAGGAAGGGAGAGACACUGCCUCCACGCUCCAUCAGAAUCUCAGCAGUCUCCUUGCUGAAGACGACCAACACAGAUGCCAGAUGGAGAAUCACAGACAUAUCCUCGCUGAUGGUUGCAGGCUGGCCAAGUGCCUGGCCCACACACUUAGCCCAGAUAAUCUACACAAUGUGGAUGAGGAUGAUAAAAUGAUCCUGGAUUCCAGUUUAUGGGAGCAGGAAGAAAAUGAACUUGGGCCAGAUUCACUAGAUGAAAAUUAUUUCCUUCCUACCUGUCUUCCUGAUGAGCCCGAGCCCGAUGAAUGUACAAGCAUUGUUACCUUCCCAUCACAGAAGCCUGAAGACCGCUCUGUUCUGGAUGGGUCCAGUGAGUACUGA